AUGGACUGUGCCAAAUCGUUGCUAGUUUUGAUUGUUUGUCUCCGAGUUGGAGCUCAGAGCGAGGAACUGAGUCAAAAUCAAUCCAAUCAAUCAACGCCUGAGUACAUUCUGCCCUGCUACAAGAAGGAUCCGAACAUCAACAAAUGCCUACAAAAGACGUUCAACCAUCUGAGGCCCUACUUGAUUAAUGGACUGAACGAUUUGAACGUGCCCAGCAUUGAUCCGUUUAAACUGGACAAAAUUAUCAUUGAAAAUGGACAGGGGCCCCUUAAAGUCAAAGCAGCUUUUUACAAUGUUACUGCAACGGGAGCUCAAAAUUAUACAGUGGAAAGUAUAAAUGCACAUGUGGACAAUUACAUAAUAGAAAUCGGCUUGAAAUUUCCAAGAAUGGACAUCCGAGGCAAAUACGACGUUAAUGGAAACGUUCUCCUGUUCCCCGUCCGCUCUAAAGGAGAUUUUUGGGCAAUUUUCCUGGACAUCGAUGCGGCCGCCAAAAUCUUCGGCACAGAAUUCGUCAAAGACGACGUGCGCUAUAUGAAAAUCGACAAAAUGCUGGUCGAUUUCCGACUGAAAAAAAGCCGCUUUCGAAUCAGAGACAUCAUCAAUCAUGGCAACGUUAUAGGAGAAGCAAUGAACAACUUCCUCAACAACAACUCAGAAGAAAUCAUCAAGGAAAUGAAACCAGCAGCAAGACUAUCAUUGGCCCGACAUUUCAAAGGGUUUUUGAACAGUGCCUUCAUGCAGCUGCCCCUUAAAACCUGGCUGCCUGAUGCUUAAAUAAUUGUUUUUGCGUAUUUUAGGACUCCAAAGAAGACGUUCAUGUGAAUCUUCAUCAGACUGAAAUUGGAACGUUCUCUGAACAAGUGGAUUUGAUUAUUCUGUUGUUUUAUGUACAAAGUUUUAUAGUUUAUAUUGUAUAGUGAUAGAUAGGGACUUCUUCAGCUGUGAAGAUUAUUUAACAGCAAAGUGGCGGCUGGUGCCUAGGCGCUGCAGCGCUGCAGUUCUCCUGUGGAGGAGAGAACUAACAAAAAUCUAUUUUUCUGGGCAUUAAACGCCACUGUCUGAAUUAAAACAUGCAAUAGA